GGACCGGAAAGGGAAGUAAUAUUUCGCGCUAAAUUGAAACAACGGAGCAGUCUGAUAUGAGCGGCAGAAGGGACACAAACCAACAGGCACUGCUCUUAACGUUUCGGUCGUUAUUUCUCGGACAAGUUUAGCUAACAUGGAGGAGGCCAACAAACUAAUCGGCACAGGCAAGAAGCACCUGGUGAUGGGGAAGGUGGUGGAGGCAGUGGGCGCCCUGCAGGAGGCCUGCGGCAUGCUAGCUAAAAAGUAUGGAGACACAGCAGACGAGUGUGGAGAGGCGUUCUUCUGGUGUGGUAAAGCGCUGCUGGAUUUGGCACGGAUGGAGAACUCAGUCCUUGGUAAUGCUCUGGAAGGAGUACCAGAGGAGGAGGAGGAGGAGGAGGAGGAGGAGGAGGAUGAUGAGGAUGAUGAAGAAAAAAAACCUAACUACUCCAAAGUUGACUGCACAGAAAACCUUGAUGAGAAGACCAGAGAUGAGCUGCGGGUUCAGGUGUACGAUGCCAUGGCAGAGAAGAAAAACGAAAACACCGAGACGGUUGAAGGCAAGAGCGAAGAGAAGAAGGAUGACAUAGAAAAGGCUGAGGCUGGCGAUAAGCACCAGAAGGAUGAGGACAAGGACGGCGACGUUAAAGGAAGCAAAUCGGAUAAAAGUGAAGACGAGAUGGAAACUGAGAAAAAAUCAGCAGAUAAAGAGGACGCAGAAGAAGAGGAGGAGGAGGAGGAGGAAGAUGGUGACAAUGCAGAAAUGGAGGCCGAUGCAGAAGAGGGGGGUGAAGGAGAUGCAGCUGCAGAGAAGGACAGUGACGAUGAGGAGGUGGGGAACCUGCAGCUCUCCUGGGAGAUGUUGGAAGUAGCUAAAGUCAUUUACAAAAGGAAAGAGGCUAAAGAGGACCAACUCAUGGCCGCACAGACUCACUUGAAACUGGGUGAAGUUUCUUCUGAAUCAGGAAAUUACACUCAGGCGUUGGAGGAUUUCCAGGAGUGUCUGAAGCUGCAGGUGAAGCACCUGGACUCAGACAGCCGCCUGCUGGCUGAGACUCACUACCAGCUCGGUCUGACCUACAGCUUAGAUCUGCAGUACAGCCAGGCCAUCGAGGAGCUCAAGAGCUCCAUCUCUGUCAUAAAGAGCAGGCUGGACAAACUCCAGCAGCUGCUGGAUAAGGCCGAGGGCCCGGAGGCUCUGUCGGAUGAAAGGAAGGAGAUUGAGGAGCUGAAUGCUCUGCUGCCAGAGAUCCAGGAGAAGGUGGAGGACUCCACAGAGGGUCUGAAAAUGACGAGCACUGAGACUGCGAAGGGGGCACUGGACGGAGGCUCCACUUCCUCUGCGUUCCCUGGCACCACUGUGCAGACUGGGGACUCCUCCUCCAGCUCAAAGAUUAACGGCACAUCAACCGAAGGAGCCAGCUCUACCAUCGGACACGCCUCCCCGGCUCCAGCCUCUGACAUCUCCCACCUGGUCAGGAAGAAGCAUUUCUUUCAGAGGGCUAUAAUGGACCGUAUUGUCUCAUUUGAACGAGCCGAUCUAUUUCAGAGGAAACCAGAGGAGAGUCCAGUGAAGGAGGAGGGCGUGAUUAAGAAGGUGAAGCAGAAUGAUAGUCCGACUAAACUCGUUCACAAAGCCAACGGUGACACUAAGAGUACGGACGUCAAGAGGAAGUGAAGCUGGACAUCCUCCAGGUUUUUUGAAUCCACCCAAGAAGACCUUCACCAACACGCCGAGCUCUUGCUGGCACUACACUUGUUUGCUGCUGUAAAUAUGUGCAUCUUUUUCUAUGUCUGUUGUGAUGUCAGUGUUUAUUCACAUGUAACCUAUGAAGUACAAUAAAGAAUAUUAUUUGAUAAACCUUG